UAGGAGGGACGAGAGAGUGACAGAAUUAUAGAAGAGCUAAAGAGACAUUAAUUUUGUCAGUUAGGGAGAAUAUGUUAAUUGAGUGAGAGGUGGUGGUAGUCCCCGUCACAGGAUAGUCCCUUCUUUCUCUUUCUGUGGUAGCCCGUCUUGAUCUCUGACAGUCCUUGUCCUCGGGAGAAAGAGAGGCAAACUGGGUCUACACUGAAUUCAAAGAUCUCAUCACAGAUAGAAAUUAUUUCAAAAUGGCUUCCUGUGGAGAAGUUGGUUAUACCGAGGAGUCCAGCAGCUCUCCCCUCCCUCGUGCUCCUCCCCCGAGCCCAGAGUGUGUCAACAACGGACUCGACCUCUACCAGUUUGAUUUCAACUCUUUACUCUCUGGCCAUAGAAAACCUCAGCAAUCCUUCCUUCCCCAGUCCUCCUCUGCUUCUAAUUUCUCUAUAAUCGUACCAAGCCCAGAGUCAAAUCGGCCCGAGUCCGAACCGACCUCCCCCAGUUGGAAUGGCAGCGGAAGCUAUCAGGGCCACUCUCCAUUUUUCCUCCCGUCCCCCGAGCACCAAAUUUGUAAGACUGUAUCGGACCCCCCGUCUCCCCUCAGCAUUUCUGUCCCGGACCAGAUCCAGCCCCAAGGGGGCGUGACUGCCCACCAAUCGUACCCGGGGAAUCCCAGCACUCUUAGCGUGUCUCUCCCUCCGAUGAACGGGGACCUACAACAUUACCGCGGACAAAUGGAAGUCGAUCGUGUUGGGCCCCCCGGGGCCGAAGGAAAAAGAAGGAAAAUAUCUCUAAAAAGGUCGCAUGAGCAGGUCGAUCAGUCUUGGUAUAAUUUGGGGGCGGAUCCUUCGUUUCUAUUUAAUGCCCAGGCACACGAGGCAUCCCAAAAGAAGGUUUGCUCCGAAGCGAGAGAGAGAGAGAGUCGGGACUAUGACAGUCGGUCCUUCUCCCCCGUACGUGCUAGGGCUUACACCCACUCGGGCGUGAUGACGUCGUCCGACAAAAUGUUUGGUAGACACUCUCAUCAUUUUAAAGCAUUGUAA